AUGCUCACCAGUUCAAACCAGUCCCUUUUCCUCACACCCCCUCACCACUCCCCGCCCACCUGUGGUCGUCGUGGAGAGACACACGUCCAGUCCUCUCUGUCUUUGCCCGAGCCUGAGGAGUGGAAGAGGUCCCAUCCCAGCCCCCGUCCGGGCUUGGCUCAAGGAGUCCGCUCCUGCUCCCUGCAGGUCCCUCAUGCCGUCCCAGAGAGCCUGGGCCUCCCCCCACGAGCGGCCAGCUUUGACGUCCCCUACAGCCAGGACGACGGCUCAUCCGACCAGGGCUCGGGGUCUCAGAGCCCCCACGUCAUGAUGAGGCGGCGUGGCGGCGGGCUCUUGGAGCAGAAAGACAUCAUCAUGGCCCACCAGGCUCAUAAAAUACAGAGCACGCCACAAGCCCGCAGGAAGGAGUGGGAAAUGGCUCGGUUUGGAGACGAGUGCGCUCCCACCACGGUGGACCCCGGGGACGGGGACGUGGAGCGCGGUGGAGACGGACAGGACGCGGCUUCCGCCGGGCUCACGGCUUCCAUGAAGCAAGCCAAGGCGCAGCGGGCCCGGACCAUGGCUCUGUACAACCCGGUCCCCCACCGGCAGAACUGCCUCACCGUCAACAGGUCGCUCUUUAUCUUUGCUGAGGACAACGUCAUCAGGAAAUACGCCAGGAAAAUCAUCGAGUGGCCACCGUUUGAGUACAUGAUCCUGGCCACCAUCACCGCUAACUGUGUUGUCCUGGCCUUGGAGCAGCACCUCCCCGGAGAAGAUAAGACCCCCAUGGCAAAGAGACUGGAGAAGACAGAGCCGUAUUUUAUCGGUAUAUUCUGCUUCGAGGCGGGGAUCAAGCUUGUGGCUCUUGGGUUUGUUUUCCAUAAAGGAGCCUAUCUGAGGAACGGCUGGAACGUCAUGGACUUCAUCGUCGUCCUCAGCGGGAUCCUGGCCACUGCUGGUUCCCACAUGAACAUCCCUGUGGACCUUCGGACCCUGAGGGCUGUACGAGUUCUGAGACCUCUCAAACUCGUCUCCGGCAUCCCAAGCCUGCAGAUUGUGCUGAAGUCCAUCAUGAAGGCCAUGAUUCCACUGCUCCAGAUCGGCCUUCUUUUGUUCUUUGCCAUCCUCAUGUUUGCCAUCAUCGGUUUGGAGUUCUACAGCGGGAAGCUUCACCACACCUGCCAGCCAUCGGACGACAUUCUCAAUAAUGAGACUGUUGACUCAUCGGAGCUGGCAUUUGCAUGCGGAGUGAGGAAGUGUCCAGAAAAGUACGACUGCAACGACACGUGGAUCGGCCCCAAUGAUGGCAUCACGCAGUUUGACAACAUCCUGUUUGCUGUUCUCACCGUCUUCCAAUGUAUCACCAUGGAGGGAUGGACAGCCGUGCUCUAUAAUACAAAUGAUGCACUGGGUCUUACAUGGAACUGGAUGUACUUCAUCCCGCUCAUCAUUAUUGGCUCAUUCUUUGUCUUGAAUCUAGUUUUGGGAGUUCUGUCUGGAGAGUUUGCCAAAGAGAGGGAACGGGUGGAGAACAGGAGAGCCUUCAUGAAGUUGCGCCGCCAGCAGCAGGUGGAGAGAGAACUGAACGGGUACAGAGCCUGGAUAGACAGGGCAGAGGAAGUGAUGCUGGCAGAGGAGAAUAAAAGUUCAGGAAGAUCACCGUUAGAUGUGUUGAAGAGAGCGAGCAAGAAGACUGGUGCACGGAGAGGAGCACCAGGGAGCGACAAGUUUACAGACACGUCCACCGCAAGCAUGUCAAGAUCAAGAAUGAACUUCCGCAGUGGUCGCCGCGGCCCCGCUGCCUACCUGCGACGCAAAGAGCGCAUGUUGCGCAUCUCUAUCCGCCGCAUGGUGAAGACGGACACGUUCUACUUGAUGGUGCUCAGUCUGGUGGCUCUCAACACCAUCUGCGUGGCCAUCGUGCACCACGACCAGCCCGACUGGCUUACUGUCUUCCUCUACUAUGCAGAGUUUGUUUUCUUGGGGCUGUUUCUGGCGGAGAUGUUUUUGAAAAUGUACGGUCUGGGUUUCCGACUCUACUUCCAUUCAUCUUUCAACUGCUUUGACUGUGGGGUUAUCGUUGGCAGCAUCUUCGAGGUCGUUUGGGGUUUCUUCAGGCCUGGCAUGUCGUUUGGUAUCAGUGUACUGAGAGCGUUAAGACUUCUAAGGAUUUUCAAAAUCACCAAGUACUGGGCCUCUCUCAGGAACUUGGUUGUUUCCCUCAUGAGCUCCAUGAAGUCCAUCAUCAGCCUGCUUUUCCUCCUCUUCCUCUUCACGGUAGUGUUUGCUCUACUCGGGAUGCAGCUGUUUGGAGGAAGGUUCAUCUUUGAAGACUACACUCCCACCAACUUUGACACGUUUCCAGCUGCCAUCAUGACAGUGUUUCAGAUUUUGACUGGUGAGGACUGGAAUGAGGUGAUGUACAAUGGGAUUCGUUCUCAGGGUGGCGUUCAGUACGGCAUGUGGUCAUCCAUCUACUUCAUAGUGCUCACACUGUUUGGUAACUACACUCUGCUCAAUGUCUUCUUGGCCAUCGCUGUGGACAAUCUGGCCAAUGCACAGGAACUUACAAAGGAUGAAGAGGAGGAAGAAGAGUUUUUCAAUCAGAGAUAUGCGAGAGGAAGAGACGGCCUGAUAUCAGAUGGAAGAAGAAGACCUUACCUGUACAGGAAACGGGCCAUCCAUAGAGGGAGACCCACCUUCCCAGAUGAUCCUGAUGGUCCAAUAGUGACUACAGAGGAGCAGCCCCCGAGUAGCUCCAAACCUUUUGCAAACCGUCGCGAGCGGAGGAGGAAAGUUAACAUGUCUGUAUGGGAGCAGAGGGCCAACCAGCUACGAAAACGCCGUCAGAUGGCGAGCAGAGAGGAGCUGUUUGGCAACCCAACAGAGGACACAGCUGAAACUCCAACCAUCCCCCACCACCCCCCUGCUCUUACUCCAGAGGCCAGUCCAGCUCACUUGCCUGAGUCACCCAUGCUGGUUGGGAUGCCCCUACCCGAACCCCCGACGGCUGAGCCUCUUGUCAACUUGAGCGAGGAGAAACCAGCAGGAGCGAACCACCGUACCGCAGGGGGCGGCAGACAUAGAUUGGCUCGAAAGUUCAGGUCCAGUCAGGGGCCAGAUGAAGGGGCCCGGCACAGGCGCCACCGUCACCGUGAGGCCCGCAUUGAAGCGAAGAGUCUGGACUGCACACAGUCGCCACAUGAGGUGCUGCAUGUCAGGCGGUCACUCAGCCAAGAGAGGAAGAUCAUUGAUGAAAGGGAGGAGAAGGAGGACAAAGAAGAAAGUGAGAAAGCAGAAGAACAGAACGUUACACAACCCGAGGAGGAGGAUGGUGGAACGUGCAUCGUCAACCCAUAUGCAGACAUUGGAGAAGACUAUAAAAGAGAUUCUGCUCCCAGCGGGGACAAUCCUGAUCCUCCGCAGUGCGAGCAGCUGCCACACUGUACCUGGUCAGAGAAGAUGGAGGGAAGCAGCUCAGAUCAUUAUGAACCCUUGAGCCAAAACAUCCCAGUGGAGCCUGCUGUCGAGGCAACAGAGUUCAUUGUGAGUACCAUCGAGUCCGAGAAACGCAAGAUCUCCGUCAAACGUGAUAACAAGUCCAAGGUGGAAGGCAGCGUGGCCAUCGAAAUGUCAGCACAACCACUGCUGGAGCUCACCCCGGUGACAGUGAACAGUAAAGAGUUGGAGGCGUACCAGUCUGAUCAGAAAGAGGAAGAAGAGGAGACGGAGGAGGAGGAACCUCCAGUGCCUCCUAAACCCGAAGCUCCUGACAGCAUGUUCAUCUUCAAAGCCUCCAACCCUAUCAGGAGGAUUUGUCACUAUGUGGUCACUCUCCGUUAUUUCGAGAUGACCAUCCUGCUUGUGAUCGUGGCGAGCAGCAUUGCACUGGCAGCUGAGGACCCAGUGUGCACAAACUCAGACAGAAACAAGGUGCUGCGUUAUUUUGAUUAUGUGUUCACUGGAGUGUUCACCUUUGAAAUGAUUAUAAAGAUGAUAGACCAGGGCCUCAUUCUGCACGAUGGCUCUUAUUUCCGAGACAUGUGGAACCUCUUGGACUUCAUUGUUGUGGUGGGAGCACUGAUCGCCUUUGCUCUGACGAAUGUGCUGGGGAACACCAAAGGCAGAGACAUCAAGACGAUAAAGUCCCUCCGAGUUCUGAGAGUUCUGCGGCCGCUUAAAACCAUCAAGAGACUUCCUAAACUUAAGGCGGUUUUUGACUGUGUUGUCACGUCGCUAAAGAACGUCUUCAACAUCCUCAUUGUGUAUCAGCUCUUCAUGUUCAUCUUCGCUGUCAUUGCCGUCCAGCUCUUUAAGGGGAAGUUCUUCUUCUGCACUGACAGCUCCAUGAAAACAGAAAAGGAGUGCCGAGGUUUUUACAUUGACUACAGCAGAGACAAGAAAGAGGUGAAGAGAAGAGAGUGGAAGAGACACGAGUUUCACUACGACAACGUCUGCUGGGCCCUGCUCACCCUUUUCACUGUGUCGACAGGAGAAGGGUGGCCUCAGGUCCUUCAGCACUCGACUGACGUUACAGAGGAAAACAUGGGGCCAAGUCGUGGGAACCGGAUGGAAAUGUCUGUUUUCUAUGUGGUCUACUUCGUGGUCUUCCCGUUCUUCUUCGUCAACAUCUUUGUCGCUCUCAUCAUCAUCACCUUUCAGGAACAAGGUGACAAGAUGAUUCAGGAGUGCAGUCUGGAGAAGAACGAGAGGGCCUGCAUUGAUUUUGCCAUCAGCGCCAAGCCGAUGACCCGCUACAUGCCCCAGAACAGACAGACCUUCCAGUACAGACUGUGGCACUUUGUGGCCUCACCUUCUUUUGAGUACACGGUGCUCGUCAUGAUCGCUCUUAACACUGUCGUCCUGAUGAUGAAGUACCACUCGGCUCCAACAGCAUAUGAUGCCGUCCUAAAACACCUAAACACAGCCUUCACUGUCCUCUUCUCCAUGGAGUGCAUACUCAAGAUCAUGGCUUUUGGUCUUGUGAACUAUUUUCGAGACACGUGGAAUAUUUUUGAUUUUAUCACCGUUCUCGGCAGCAUCACGGAAAUAAUUGUGGAUUUGCAGUCGGUGAACACCAUCAACAUGAGUUUCCUCAAGCUUUUCCGGACAGCCAGGUUGAUCAAGCUGCUGAGACAAGGCUACACCAUCCGCAUCUUGCUGUGGACCUUCGUACAGUCUUUCAAGGCUCUACCUUAUGUCUGCCUGCUCAUCGCCAUGCUUUUCUUCAUCUACGCCAUUAUUGGAAUGCAGGUGUUUGGAAACAUCAAGCUGAACGAUGAGAGUCACAUCAACCAGCACAACAACUUUAAGACCUUUUUCAGCGCACUGAUGCUCCUGUUCAGGAGUGCUACAGGUGAGUCCUGGCAGGAGAUAAUGCUGUCCUGUUUGUCGGGACAAGGGUGUGAACCGGACCCCUCCAUCGCCCCCCUCACCAUAUCUCCAGACCAUGAGGGUGGCUGCGGCACAGACUUUGCUUACUGCUACUUUGUCUCCUUUAUCUUCUUCAGCUCAUUCCUGAUGCUGAAUCUGUUUGUGGCUGUGAUUAUGGAUAACUUUGAGUACCUGACUCGAGACUCCUCCAUCCUGGGCCCUCACCACCUAGAUGAAUUUGUCAGAAUAUGGGGGGAGUACGAUCGACUUGCAUGUGGGCGUAUUCACUACACAGCCAUGUACGAGAUGUUGACACACAUGUCACCGCCACUGGGCCUGGGGAAAAAAUGUCCUGCUAAGAUCGCCUACAAGAGGCUGGUGUUGAUGAACAUGCCCGUAGAUGAGGACAUGACCGUCCACUUCACCUCCACUCUGAUGUCACUCAUUCGCACAGCUUUGGACAUCAAAAUAGCUCGAGGUGGUGAGGACCGUGUUGCUCUGGACUCGGAGCUGCAGAAGGAGAUCAGUAUUAUUUGGCCUUAUUUGCCCCAGAAGAACUUGGACCUACUGGUACCUAUCAACAAAGAUACUGACAUGACGGUGGGGAAGAUCUACGCUUCGAUGAUGAUAAUGGACUACUUCAAACAGAACAAAGCCAAGAAACUCCGGCAGCAGCUGGAGGCUCAGAAGAGCAAGUUAAUGUUUAAACGUCUGGACGCCUCCACUCUCCCUGAGGAUAUUCUGUCCAACACCCAGACACUACCGAUGAUGGCCCACAGUGCUGGUUCAGCCCUGACCAGAGGAGGCUUCGUAGCUCUGAGCCCCAUCUCACCACAGGAAUUGUUUCUGCAGCCCAUAAGCUCAGACGUGGACGCAAGUCAGCAGCAGAAUCUGGUGGGCGAGUGCUUUUGGGGGAUUGGUACCCCACUGGAGCUUCCACUUGGGAGGGGCCCGUGUGUGCGGGCCUCUUCCAUGCCCCGUCUGGCUGUAGAGCUGCAGCAGACAGAGGUUAGAAGUGGAUCCAUGAAACGGUCGGUCUCCACAGUCGCAGAUCAACGUGUAAACGGACUCUGGCAGGAAGAGAAAAGUCCUGAGCGAGUGUAUCGACCUCGUCACAAAAGCUACAAGGCUGCUGUGUCUCGUUCUGAGCACAGAGAGCGUGGCCGGUCUAAAGAGCUUUGCCACCUCCUGUCUCCUGACACGUCUCGAUGCAACUCAGAGGAAAGAAGCUUGCAGCCUUCGCGAUCCUCCAGCGCUGAGAGAGAACAUCCGCAGGAUAAACGGGGCAACAGUUCAGACAGCCCAGUUCCCUCCACCUCAGAGUCCAGCACACCCAGCGGCCGGCGACCUCUAUCACAGACCCCGACCCGAUCCCACCCUCACAUCUCCUACUCCCCGCUUGUGUGUCGCACCCAAGCCUCGGCUGAGGAAGACGAGGAUGAGCAGGGCAGCCCGGAGACUGUGAGGCGGGGCAAGUCCAAAUGGGACACCCAAGAAGGAGCUGCAGGGGAGAGUAGGAGCGAGGCCGGCAGGCACUCGUCCCCACCCCGACGCUACCCCUCUGAGCCUUUCUUGGCCUCGCAGGAGGACGACCACAGCCCGGACCCUACCGGUCCCAUGGAGACGUUGACCUUCGAGGCGGCUGUGGCCUGCAGUUUAGGGCGCGCAAACACCAUUGGCUCAGCCCACCCACGCUGGCGGACGGGGUGGCAGGUCCCCAAUGGACACUUUCGGAAGCGUCUGGUGCAGACGACCUCAACGUCAGGCUGCGACCCUCUGAGCGACACAGAGGAAGAUGACCGGUGCUAGAGACAGGAGACGCUCUGCAUCUGUCUCGUUUUGCCUUUUCAAGGCUGUCCAAAAUAACAAAGACUAAUACUUCCUGAAACUGUAGUUACCGAUUCACACAG